CUAGCUGCGCCUCUGCACGCUGGUGCUAGUCGUCCGAGGCGCGGCUUGCGCGGUGGACCCUGAGGCACUGCUGCAGGAGUCGCGGAGCCCCGGUGUCCCUAGUACACUCAUCAAGGUCCCAGUUUCUGCAGUCUCUGGAGCAGCUCGCGAUGGCCCCGCGCAAGAAUGCCAAGGGUGGCGGCGGCAACAGCAGCAGCAGCGGCAGUGGCUCGGGCAGCGGUAGCCCGAGUACGGGUAGCAGCGGUAGCAGCAGUAGCCCCGGGGCGCGGAGAGAGGCAAAGCAUGGAGGACACAAGAAUGGUCGGAGAGGAGGAAUUUCAGGCGGCUCCUUUUUCACGUGGUUCAUGGUCAUUGCAUUGCUGGGCGUCUGGACAUCUGUGGCCGUCGUGUGGUUUGACCUUGUCGAUUAUGAGGAAGUUCUAGCCAAAGCAAAGGACUUCCGUUAUAACUUAUCAGAGGUACUUCAAGGAAAGCUAGGAGUCUAUGAUGCAGAUGGUGACGGAGACUUUGAUGUGGACGAUGCCAAAGUUUUAUUAGGCCUUAAAGAACUAUCUACUUCUGAGAGGACAUUUCAGCCGGAGGAGGCAGAGACACAGGCUGAGCUGGAGGAGCAGGCCCCCGAGGGCGAAGAAGUCCAGAAUGUUGAAGAUGAAGUAAAAGAACAACUUCAGUCCCUUCUUCAGGAAUCAGUACACACAGACCAUGACCUCGAAGCAGAUGGGCCAGCAGGAGAACCACAGCCAGAGGUUGAGGACUUCCUCACAGUGACUGACAGCGAUGACAGAUUUGAGGACCUGGAACCCGGGACAGUUCAUGAAGAAACUGAGGAUAGUUACCAUAUGGAAGAGACAGUAUCACAGAACCAUCCAAACGAUCAGGAAGAGAUGAUGAAUGAACAGGAAAACUCAGAUCACAGUGAAGCAGUGAAAGAAGCUGACGGGCUGCAGCAGCAUGCAGAGGAAGUAAGGCACCAAGACUAUGAUGAACCAGUAUAUGAACCUUCAGAAAAUGAAGGGAUAGAGAUUUCAGAUAACACCAUAGAAGAUUCCAACAUAAUUUCAGAAGAAAUAAAUGUCUCCUCUGUGGAAGAACAGCAAGACACACCACCAGUUAAGAAGAAGAAGCCUAAACUUCUGAACAAAUUUGAUAAGACAAUUAAGGCUGAACUGGACGCUGCAGAAAAGCUCCGGAAAAGGGGUAAAAUCGAGGAAGCAGUGAAUGCAUUUGAAGAAUUGGUUCGAAAGUACCCUCAGAGCCCACGAGCAAGAUACGGCAAAGCACAGUGUGAAGAUGACUUGGCAGAGAAGAGGAGAAGCAACGAAGUUUUGCGCAGGGCCAUCGAGACCUACCAGGAGGCAGCCAACCUGCCUGAUGCCCCUACUGACCUGGUGAAGUUGAGCUUGAAGCGACGGUCAGAAAGACAGCAGUUUCUAGGUCACAUGAGAGGUUCUCUACUUACCCUCCAGAGACUAGUUCAGCUGUUCCCUAGUGAUACUACCUUAAAAAACGACCUCGGCGUAGGAUACCUCUUGAUGGGAGACAAUGACAGUGCCAAGAAGGUAUAUGAAGAGGUGCUGAAUGUGACACCGAACGACGGUUUCGCUAAAGUGCAUUAUGGCUUCAUCCUGAAGGCGCAGAACAAGAUAGCUGAGAGUAUUCCCUACUUAAAGGAAGGAAUCGAAUCUGGGGACCCUGGCACGGAUGAUGGCCGGUUUUAUUUCCACUUGGGGGAUGCCAUGCAGAGGGUCGGGGACAAAGAGGCAUAUAAGUGGUAUGAACUUGGGCACAAGAGAGGACAUUUUGCUUCUGUCUGGCAGCGUUCCCUCUACAAUGUGAAUGGUCUGAAGGCUCAGCCGUGGUGGACACCCAGGGAAACUGGCUACACAGAGCUAGUGAAGUCUUUAGAGAGAAACUGGAAAUUAAUCCGUGAUGAAGGCCUCAUGGUGAUGGAUAAAGCCAAGGGUCUCUUCCUGCCUGAGGAUGAAAACCUUCGGGAGAAGGGCGACUGGAGCCAGUUCACACUGUGGCAGCAAGGAAGGAAAAAUGAGAAUGCCUGUAAAGGAGCUCCUAAGACCUGUACUUUACUAGAGAAGUUUUCUGAGACAACAGGAUGCAGAAGAGGACAGAUCAAAUAUUCCAUCAUGCACCCUGGAACUCAUGUGUGGCCACACACAGGACCCACAAACUGCAGGCUUCGAAUGCAUCUAGGGUUGGUGAUUCCCAAGGAAGGCUGCAAGAUCCGCUGUGCCAAUGAGACCAGGACGUGGGAAGAAGGCAAGGUGCUCAUCUUUGAUGACUCCUUUGAGCACGAGGUUUGGCAGGAUGCUUCAUCUUUCCGGCUGAUAUUCAUUGUGGAUGUGUGGCACCCCGAGCUGACCACUCAGCAGAGACACAGCCUCCCUGCAAUUUGAAAGGCAUCCACACAGAUUUAGUUGUUCUCCAAGGAGGCUGCCUUUCUGAUUCCUUUUGGGUGGGGAGAUAGAAGUUCAAGUGCUGUGACUCUUCAUCCCCUUGUCUUACAGCUGAAGACCUCUCAGACUCUUUCAAGAUUAGAACUCACUGGAGGGAGUAUUUGCCUUCCUGCAAUUCAUAUAGGAGACCCCUUGCUUCAUGUCACCCAUGACAGCACAGAGCUGAUGCCUAGAUUGAAGGGGAAUUCUAGGUUGUGUUUUCUACAUGGCUGGCCAAAGAUAUUUUUCUACAUAGAAUAGUGUCUACAUCAAUGUACCUGGAGUAUAUAUUAUAUAUAGAAACUGUGAAUGAAUCACUUUAGUUUGUAAUUUUUCUAUGCAGUUAUAUUUUUCCAAGUAGCUAAACUGUUCUGUCACCAUUUACCCUCAUGUUUUCAUUGACUUUAAUGACAAGAAGUAUAAAUUCUUUACUUCUAACAGUUAAAUAGUAAUCUUCCUGGUAAAUUCAGACAUCUUUCUUGGAGAAAAAAAAGUCACGUGUGAAGAAAAGAACUUUGUUUUCCUAACAUAAAUGGGAAGUUAUUCCAGGAGGCAUGAACUGUGCCAACACUUGCCCUUGUGUCCUCAUUUAGACUCAGUGUCUCCCCCUUUCUUUGUGAUAAUAAUAGAAAGCUCUUAUUUCUAAGAGCAACAUUUUUUUUCUAAUUACACUGAGCAACGCCAUGGAAACAUUUCAUAUUGUGAUAAGAAAAUACAACAGAUAAUGGAGCUUGGAGAGAAAAUAUCACAUGGAAGUGAAACUUCCUGCUCAGAAUCAGGAAGCCAGGUAGCCUGUCCUCUUUGCCUUCUGUACACAAGGCUUGGAAUCUGCAGGGUCUGCCUACUGUAGAUCCACUUGAGUGUCAAGAAGAUAUCCACUUGAGUGUUAAGAAGAUGACCUCUUGGUUUCUGAGAGUCUCCAUUAUUUUAUCCAUGUAGGAACAGCAACAUAGGAAGUGCCCAGGGAUGCUAACAUCCUAGGUGGUCAAACAUGCUUGAUUACGAAUUUGCAGGGCUUUUCCAUCUUCUUUUCUCAAAAUAAUGUCAGCCAUCUCAUUAUAUUUUGAAGCAGCCUUUCACAGGCAUGUUUGAUCUGAGUGCUACCCAUGGCUGAGAAAGAGCAGUAGAACGCCAUCCUCCUCCUCAAGAUGAUCAUUAGUAAGGCAUUACUGCUUUUUAUUUUCUAUUUUAAAAUUAAAGAUAACUCAAGCCUUAGAAUGUAAUGACAUUCAUGCACUGAUCUAUAAGCCAGUUGAACAACACUGCCACAGAAAUGGCUGGUAUUCAGGCCCCUCACAUAGACAAAACCAAUGUAAAAACAAGCAGCUUUCUGUACCUCACGUAAAGAGCAAUUCAUUGAAAUUGAUCCUGUCCCUUUUAUCUUAAGGACAUUAGCUCUUAGUAGGAAAGUUUACAAAAUAUGUGUCCCGUUCUUAAAAUAGGUGCAUGUUCCUUCCUUUGCCAGUGUUCAAAAAUUCCUCUAAAACAGAUGGCAAAGGCAUGAGGGGAAAUAUCAAAUCCUUAACAAAUUCCAGAAAAAGAAAACAAACUCACAGACAACAAAAAAGUUAUUUGUGUUCUUCAGUAUUUAUUAAACGGAGGAACUUACUGACAAAAGGCAAUACAAUCCAGUGUUCAUGUAGUAACCCUUGGUUACCCACUGGGUUUGGUCUUCCUACAUAUUACAUACACAUAACGAAAUGCAAACCAUGUGUUCUCAUUGUUAAACUAUCACCUUACAUUCAUGUAAUAAAAGGGUGGAAAUGAGUGAAAAUUAGCUUUUAACUUAGUAAAUAUAACAUGUUUUUUAAAAUAUGGUCAUUACAGUAGGAUUCUAAAUAUUGCCAUGUGAAAAGCCAGAAGUAUCAUUACCAUUACAAGGGUUGGCAGUAGCUGACUCCAACAGCAUUUUGAGGACUUGGAUCCCACGUUGAUCUUAGAAACACAAGCAAUAAAAGAUUUUCUAAUUCACUUUAA